UAUUUUAGUUAUGGAAGUUGGUAGGAUUGCCUGAUAUCAUCGACCACGUCGUCCACGUCCACGAGACGAUGCCGUAAUUAUUCGCAUUUAUUCACAGGCGUCUAAGUGUUCAACAUGUCGGUCAGCCGUGUAUCACAGAUUUUAUUCUCGAGCGUGUCGCACGCGGCCCGAAAACCGCAGCAAUUCGUCGCGCCCAUCAUCAGAUAUUAUUCCUGCCAAACUGGCAAUUAUGAGUUUAUUAAAAUCGAGACUGCAGGAGAAAAGAAAAAUGUGGGCUUGGUCACUUUAAACAGACCAAAGGUUUUAAAUGCUCUGUGCAACAAACUAAUGAGCGAAAUAAAUCACGCUUUGGAUCAUUUCAACUCGGAUUCAUCCAUCGCUGUCAUUGUCCUAACUGGAAGUGAAAAGGCAUUUGCUGCUGGUGCCGACAUCAAGGAAAUGAAGGAUAACUCAUACGCAUCAAAUUUGAAACAUAAUUUUAUAGCGGCCUGGAACGGAGUUGCUCAAGCCAGAAAGCCUAUAAUUGCUGCUGUAAAUGGUUACGCUUUGGGUGGAGGCUGUGAGCUGGCGAUGAUGUGCGACAUUAUUUACGCCGGUGACAAAGCCAAAUUUGGCCAACCAGAAAUCGCUAUCGGCACAAUUCCCGGAGCAGGCGGCACCCAGAGACUACCCAGAGCCAUUGGCAAAAGUAAAGCUAUGGAAAUGGCGCUCACCGGUAAUAUGAUUUCCGCGGAAGAAGCUGAAAAAAGCGGUUUGGUCAGCAAAGUCUUUCCAGCUGACCAACUUGUCGGGGAAGCUAUUAAAUUAGCCGAGAAAAUCGGAACUCAUUCCCCGUUGGUUGUCGCGAUAGCCAAGGAAGCUGUUAAUGCCGCAUAUGAAACCACAUUACAACAGGGGCUUCAGUUCGAAAAGAGAAUGUUCCACAGCACUUUCUCCCUGGCGGAUAGAAAGGAAGGAAUGUCGGCCUUCCUAGAGAAACGCUCGCCGAAAUAUAUAAACGAGUAAAUUUCAGUUAUCUCUAUCUAUAAGAGAAGAACCCAAAAUGUUGAUGAGUAUUUUAAAAAAUAUUUUUAUACCGCAUUUUUGUAAUGAAAACUCUUAUCUGAUGUCUUGCCUUCGCUUUUAACUGGCCAAUAGAUCUAUCAACCUAUUGUUUAAAACUCUCUCUAAAAAAAAAAGAAAAUGUUUACAUAAUAUGUUCGUCAGUUAAGGGGUCAGACAUUAAGUAUUGUUAUAUUUUUGUUACAACAUAUAUAUAUGCUGCAAUAAACUUUUGCAAGAAACAAUGCAA